UGGCGGUGGACCAGGAGAUCUCAGACGGACACUUCAACUUCAGGCCGAUACUAACGAAGCUCACCCCCCAGUGCUGAACUUCUCGUCCCUUCAAAACCACUGUACUGUACAGAAGGGAAGACUGAAAACCCAAUUCACUUCCCUUUCUCUCUCGAACGCCAUAGAUACGCAAAAUGGCGUCGUUUGCUCUCACAUCAUCUUCUCUUUCUUUCAGUUCCCUCCCUUGUCUCAAAUCCCGCUCUUUAUCCCACCUAAGCUCCACCUCACAAAACCCCCUCCCUUCUCGUCCAAAUCUCCCUAAACUCUCUGCUGUCUCUCCCUUACUUCCAAAAUUAUCCAAAUCUAGCGUCACAUCGACGACGCGGAGAAUCUCUAACUUCGCAGUUAAAGCCUUGUCAGCAUCAUCCUCCCCUACAUCAAUUACACGAGCCUCACCACCAUGGCAAGGAGCUGCAAUGAAACCGUUACUAGCAUCAAUCGCGACAGGUGUCAUUCUCUGGUUCGUUCCUGUUCCCGCGGGAGUUACGAAACCAGCAUGGCAACUGCUCGCAAUUUUUCUUGCUACAAUAGUCGGAAUCAUCACGCAACCUUUACCGCUCGGCGCUGUAGCUUUGAUGGGUUUAGGCGCUUCAGUUCUAACAAAAACCCUCCCUUUCUCCGCGGCUUUUUCCGCAUUUGGUGAUCCAAUCCCUUGGUUGAUCGCACUCGCGUUCUUUUUCGCUCGUGGAUUUAUCAAAACAGGGCUUGGUAACCGAAUUGCGUAUCAAUUCGUGUCUCUGUUCGGGUCUUCUUCGUUAGGGUUAGGUUAUAGUCUGGUUUUUAGUGAAGCUUUAUUAGCACCGGCGAUUCCUUCUGUUUCUGCACGAGCAGGAGGGAUUUUUUUGCCGUUGGUGAAGUCGCUUUGUGUUGCUUGUGGAAGCAAUGUUGGUGAUGGAACAGAGCAUAAGCUUGGUUCAUGGUUAAUGUUAACUUGUUUCCAGACAUCAGUGAUUUCGUCUUCCAUGUUUUUGACAGCUAUGGCUGCGAACCCUUUGAGUGCUACUUUGACAUUCAAUACGAUUCAGCAGACUAUUGGGUGGACGGACUGGGCUAAGGCUGCAAUUGUGCCUGGGUUGAUUUCAUUGAUUGUUGUUCCGUUGAUUUUGUAUUUAAUUUAUCCGCCAACCGUGAAGUCCAGUCCUGAUGCUCCUAAAUUGGCUAGGGAGAAGUUGGAGAAGAUGGGACCCAUGACUACUAAUGAGAUUGUUAUGGCUGGCACUCUGCUUCUCACGGUGGGACUUUGGAUUUUCGGAGGGAUGCUGAAUGUGGAUGCUGUUACUGCUGCUAUUCUUGGAUUGUCUGUCCUCCUUGUCACUGGUGUAGUGACAUGGAAGGAGUGCUUAGCCGAAGCAGUUGCCUGGGAUACCCUGACAUGGUUUGCGGCCCUCAUUGCCAUGGCUGGGUAUCUCAACAAAUAUGGUCUCAUCUCCUGGUUCAGCCAAACUGUAGUUAAGUUCGUUGGUGGACUUGGUCUAUCGUGGCAGCUAUCUUUUGGCAUUUUGGUCCUUCUCUACUUCUACUCCCACUACUUCUUUGCCAGUGGAGCUGCUCACAUUGGUGCCAUGUUUACAGCAUUCCUGUCUGUUGCCAGUGCUCUGGGUACCCCUCCAUAUUUUGGAGCCAUCGUUCUUGCCUUCCUUUCUAACCUCAUGGGCGGCCUUACACACUAUGGAAUUGGAUCCGCACCUAUUUUCUAUGGUGCCAACUAUGUACCUCUGGCCAAAUGGUGGGGCUAUGGGCUCCUCAUAUCUGUUGUCAACAUUAUUAUCUGGCUUGGGGUUGGAGGAGUUUGGUGGAAGGCCAUUGGCUUGUGGUAGUAGGGAGCUGAUCAUGAAAAUUCGCCGACCCAAAACUUGUGGUAUCACAAUUCCUCAGAAGCGACUUUCACAUCUUGAUUUGCUGUCUGGUGAAAGGCUUGUAGUUUUUGUUCUGAAUCUUUUUCAUAGAAAUAAUCUUUUGGUGGCCUUGGUGGAGACCUCUGUUAGAAAGAUGGUAUACGCUUAGUCAUAUUGUAGCAGAAAUUAUAACCUGUACCUGAAAUUGUGACAAGGCGUAACAACUGCCUGGAAUUCAUUACAGAGCAAUCCUGAUGCCUGAAUAUAUUCUCUCCGUCUCUAUACAUAGUUUCUUGGUGGCAUGAGGAAGGGAUGAUCAUGGAGACGUGCUCGUUCGCUUGGUAAUUUACCUUCUUACGUUUUUCUUUUCUUUUUCUUGGCAAAGUGGUUGGAAUUUUACUUGAAGAUUAUGAUUGCCGUGGAGGUGUUAAAUCCCAUUACAACCUUCUUAUUUCCCAUAAAUGUGUUGGUUGUCCAUAA